AGCAGCUGCAGAGAGAGAGAGAGACCAGGGAUCGCUGACUUCAACGGACAGGCUCGUGUUGGGGGAAAAGUCAGAAACGCAAAAAGACGCCUAUUCUGCGAUUAAUGUCCAAACAUUUCCCAAUUUUAACCUUCUGCUGGUCUCAGUGUCCUGAUUUAAAGCCUGCGUGGGAACAUAUUUUUCAUUCUCUCGACCUGAAAUGACUGCUUAGUCGCCGUGUUUAGCCAAUGGUUACUGCGGGGGCUCCCGUCUUGUGGAUUAUCCGUCGUCGCCGAGCCAGUUGCAUGGUCGAGCCCGGAGGAGGCCCCGCUCUGCUGGAUGGAUGUGUGUGAAGCAGCGCCGGACUCCCGAGUUCUGAUGAAGACGGUGAUAAUGAUGCUUGGGUUUCAUCGGCACUGGGUGAACUGAUCUUGGAUGUUCGGGCUUUAUCGCCCCCACCCCCCCACACAAAAACCAUUUCCUCAUACAGCAAAAAAAAAAAUAUUCCUUAAAAACUGGACGCCCCUGGAGCAGUUUAUGACGACCCUGGAAGGAGCGUGAUGAGCGCGCGCUUCCGCUUGCCUGCUGGCAGAUCCUACAAUGUCCGGGCGACGGAGCUGGAGCGAGACAGGCAGCACACACAGGUUGUGUGCAACGUACUGCUUCUGGACAACACAGUCCAGGCGUUCAAAGUCAGCAAGUCGGAUCAUGGCCAGGUGUUGCUGGAUGCUGUCUUUAAGCACCUGGAGCUGACCGAGAGAGACUACUUUGGCGUGCACUUGGCUGAUGACUCCUUAGAUUCACCACGCUGGCUCGAUCCCAACAAGCCCAUCAGGAAACAGUUAAAAAGGUCUCCCCAUAACCUGAGCUUCAGAGUCAAAUUCUUUGUGACUGACCCCAACAAACUUCAGGAAGAAUACACACGGUACCAAUAUUUCCUUCAGAUCAAGCAGGAUUUAUUAACUGGAAGAUUGCCCUGUCCACACAACACGGCAGCACUGCUGGCAUCCUAUGCUGUUCAAUCUGAACUGGGGGAUUACAGUGAAACGGAGCAUUCAUCCGGCUAUCUGUCGGAAUACUGCUUCAUCCCCAAUCCCCCUCAAGACUUCCACAAAGAGGUCUCAAAACAUCACCAGCAGCACAGCGGUCUAUCUCCUGCCGAGUCAGAGUUUAAUUAUCUGAACACAGCACGAACGCUGGAGCUCUACGGGGUUGAGCUGCACUAUGCAAGGGACCAGAGCAACACAGAGAUUCUUAUUGGGGUUAUGUCUGCCGGGAUUGUGGUUUACAAGAACAGGGUACGGAUCAACUAUUUCCCAUGGUUGAAAAUCGUGAAAAUCUCCUUCAAGUGCAAACAGUUCUUCGUCCAGCUAAGAAGAGAGGCGACUGAGACUCGCGAGACGCUGCUGGGUUUCAACAUGGUGAACUAUCGGGCCUGUAAAAACCUGUGGAAGGCGUGUGUGGAGCACCACACCUUCUUCAGGCUGGAGAGGCCCAUCCCGCCACAGAAGAACUUCUUUGCUCACUACUUCACCCUGGGGUCAAAGUUCAGAUACUGCGGGCGGACGGAGGUUCAAUCUGUGCAGUAUGGAAAGGAGAAAGGCAUCAAGGACAGAGUGUUUGCAAGUCCCUGUGUAUCCAGGUCUCCCAGCAAGCCAUUGGCCAGGAAGUUGCUGGGUGGAACAGACUGGGAGUCAGUCAGCAGGAACAGCCUGUCAGAUGAGAGACUGGAGACCCAAAGCCUACCCACUCGCUCGCCGCCUGGGACGCCCAAUCAAAACUCACUGUUUGUACAAGAGGGCACACGGAUACGCCCGUCAUCCGUCGGGCACCUUGUUGAUCACGUGAUCCACGCUUCACCCAGCCUGCCUGUCUUCUCCUCCAAUCACAAAUCAGCAUCAUCCACGCAGGCUAACAGCAUCAGCUUGGACUCCACACCGUCUCCAGAGGGGCUUGAUGGCCAGCCCCCAGCCCUGCCCCCCAAGCAGCUGAGCAGAAAGACCUUGAGCCAGAUCAUCCAGGCCCACUCCCAGCAGAGCCUCCUGGACAACCACCUCAACGAGAUGUACGAUGUGCCCGUCAAUGCUGACAAGACCACGCUGAAUGGAGUCGUCCCUCACGAUAACCUCGUCCUGAUCAAAAUGAGACCCGAUGAACACGGACGUUUUGGCUUCAAUGUCAAGGGUGGAGCUGACCAGAAGAUGCCAAUCAUUGUGUCUCGAGUGGCUCCAGGAACAUCUGCCGACCUGUGUGUGCCACGCCUUAACGAGGGCGACCAGGUGGUCCUCAUUAACGGACGGGACAUCUCUGACCACACCCAUGAUCAGGUGGUCAUGUUCAUCAAGGCCAGCUGUGAAAGCCACUCUGGGGAGCUCAUCCUAUUGGUCAGACCAAACGCCAUCUAUGACGUGGUGGAGGAGAAGGUGGACUCGGAGCCAGACUUUCAGUACAUCCCAGAGAAGUCCCCUCAGGACCCCACACAGCUAGACCAGAACGCUUUGAGGGACUCCAUGGUCACACUGAAGGAAGGCCUGAGCGGUGGAGCCAUAUUGGCACAGUUUGAUCAACUGUACAGGAAGAGGCCGGGGAUGACCAUGCUGUGUGCCAAAUUACCUCAGAACGUUUCCAAAAAUCGCUACAGAGACAUCUCUCCUUACGAUGCCACGCGGGUCAUUCUGAAAAGCACAGAUGACUACAUCAAUGCAAACUACAUCAACAUGGAGAUUCCAGCCUCCAGUCUUAUUAACCGCUACAUAGCUUGCCAAGGCCCGCUGCCCAACACCUGCCCCGACUUCUGGCAAAUGACAUGGGAGCAGGGCUCAUCCAUGGUGGUCAUGCUGACUACGCAGGUCGAGAGAGGGCGGGUGAAGUGUCACCAGUACUGGCCCAAUCCAGACAGCAGCGCCACCUAUGGAGACUUUACAGUAACGUGCCACAAUGAAGAGGGCAACUCUGCCUUCCUGGUCCGCGAGAUGACUCUGAUGCACACACCGAGUGAGCAGCAGAGAGAGCUUACACAGAUCCAGUACCUAGCUUGGCCUGACCAUGGUGUUCCUGAUGACUCCACUGAUUUCCUGGACUUUGUGGCUCUCGUUCGGACCAAACGGGCUGGACAGGACCAGCCGAUGGUGGUGCACUGCAGUGCUGGCAUUGGUCGGACAGGGGUUCUGAUCACCAUGGAGACCGCAUUGUGUCUAAUGGAGUGUGGUCAGCCAGUGUAUCCUCUAGAUAUUGUCAGGACGAUGAGAGACCAGAGAGCCAUGAUGAUACAAACACCUAGUCAGUAUCGCUUUGUAUGUGAGGCCAUCCUGAGAGUCUACGAGGAAGGCCUGGUCAAACCACUCAAGACCUCCAUCUACCAGCCGAGAGAGAAGGUGGAUGAGGAGAGAGAGGAGGAGAAGAAAGAGCAGCAGAACGCAGGAGAAGGGGAGGAGUCGGCAUCGACGGAGGACGGGGAGGCUGCCGUGGUGGAGUUGCUGGAGGGAGGCCUGGAUGAAGAGGACGAUGACGACGAGGAGGUGGAGGUGCUGGAUGUGGGGGAAGUGACAGAAGAGGGGGAGGAGGAGGAGGAUGAAGAAGACGAGGAGGAGGAGGAGGAGGAGGAGGAAGUUGAGGAGCCAAGCGUCGCAAGCGCCACCAGCGUGACCAGUGAGACCAGCGUGAACCCUGACCCAGACCCCGACCCUGCUAACCCGUGACACUUGAUCUUCAAGGGUCAUACUGGGUCGCCGGAGGAGAGAACAAAAGCACUGUUGCACUUUAUGCUGACAAAAAUGGAAAAAAAGAAACACAAACGAACAAAAGUGAAAAUCGUGGACAAGCUCGAA